AUGGAAUGGAUCAACGACGCGACUAGCUCCGCUUUUGAGGGGCAAGUUCCUCCAUUCUGUUUGCCAGACGUGUACAUUGGACCGGACGUCAUAUUCCUGUUGUGGGACAUUCUUUACACAACUCAUGUUUCCGUCAUAUCACAAGUCAAACUCAGAAAUGAUCUCAACCAAAUGCAAGCCUUGAGGACAAUCAUGCCAGCUCUGUUGUACUACGAGAAUCGAGAUUCCUACAAACGAAAAAAGAAAAAUGGUGAAAGGGGCCAGACAAACAAAAAAAAGAGGCACUCUCAAAGUGCAGCCCCAGGUAUUCUUGAAGAUCACAAGGUAAAGGUGUUGAAGGAGGACAAAGCGGGCGCUCCCGCGACAAAGCGAAGAAAGAAAUCAGAUUCUAGGAAAUUGGGAUGGCUCGUGACUGUUGACAAGGGUACCGCAAAAAGUUUCUCCGACGAGAAGACAAUGCGUUAUCUCAAUGCGGCGAAGGAUCUUGAUGUGCCAGAAGAAGAAUCGGAGGAGGAGGAGGAGGAGGAGUAA